UUAUGGACUAGUUUCAUUAUAUACAAAUAUAUGUAUUCAUAUUUGUUAGCUUGUCAGCGUGCAUUAGCAUGUGCUUCUGUAUAUAUGUAUAUCUUUGAUAUAGGCAUAUAUAUUUAUAUACAUGUAUUUGUGUGUGUUUGUGUGUGUUAGCGCACUAAUGCCUAUGAUUUUAGUGCGUAUAAUUUUUGUAUUUCAGUAGAUUACUAAUAACUAAACAACGUUCUCAUUUCUUGUGGAAUAUUUAUAAAUUUUGCAACACACCCUUUUUCACUCAUUGUCACGCUAUAUGCGCAAUGCUGUGCAUAUUUAGCAAGAUAAAAAAAGAUGCACACCAAAACUACCCAGUGAUGGAACAAAUUUUUAUUUGAAGAAUAUGUCAUUCAGAGUUAAAUAUACUUAAAUAUGUCCAUCAUAUUGAGUGGAAGUGUAAAUUUCAUUAUUAUUAUUCUAAUUUUGUCGACUUCUACUCCGCAUUAUAAAUUUCUACGCGUGUCAAACUGACGACCAGGAAGAAACACAUCAACUCUGGAUUUAUAUAACCACAAUUCUGCAUAUCCUGUCAUACAUACACCAAAAACAAAACAAAACAAAAGCAAAAAAAGCAUCACUGAAUGAUUUAGUGCAUAACAUUCCAAUUAUACAUCAUUUUUUGUAAAUUCAACAAAACGAAAUUAAAACCGGGGAAGAAGUGAAUGUAAGCAAUCCUCUUCAACACAGUGAAUUACAUGACAUCUCGAGCAUAGAGAGAGAGAGAGAGAUAACGUGUAUUUCAUUCUUGGUGUAAGUGCCAUGGUAUUUCUAGUAUGCUCUUCAAAACAUGACAUCAUUCGCCAAAGCAUGUAUAGAUUUCUCCAACAAUUUAAAAAAUUUGCGCUUCAGCAAGUUAAACACUACUGUCACACCUUCGUCUACUCCGAGUGCCAGUGAUUCGCCAACGUCGGCAGCUGUGUUGGCUUUUGAACCCGACACAGUUAAAUGCCCUAUAUCUAUCAGUCAUGAUUCCGAAUCAGAAGAGCUUAUCAUCUCUGUGACUAAUAAGAGUAUCAUUCACGAUUCUAAACUCCACUCUGGCUACCAGCACUACAACAACAAUCAACAUGUAAAUUCAUCAGGUGAAGAAAAGGUGCAUCGGUUUAAAAAGACACAGAAGAACGCUGAACCAGUGAAAUGUAAAUCAAUGCAUAAUGUGAACGACAAGUCGACUACUAUUUACAAUAAAAUCUCCCUUAUUACCAAUAACAUUACUAGUGGUAACAAGAAUUGCCUACAGAAUAAACUUGCUAACACGACUAGUACAAAUCGUGAUAUAAAGAUCACAUAUGAAAAAGAUGACUCCACAGUAUCGAAUAAACCUAUAGAGAGUAAAAAACAUAUACAAAUCAUUCCACAAGACAGUGUAACAACUUAUCAUUGUACUACAAAAUCAUCUAUACAGAACAAAAAUAUUCUAAGUAACGGAACUGUAAAUAACGAUCCAUUGAAAGCUAUGGUUCUAAACACUUCGGAUAAUCUAACAUCGUUGAAUACAAGAAUAUCGAAUUCGUCACCGAAUAGCCCGAUACCCAGGCAUAAUUUUAAGCUGAGAAAUAGGCAGUCAUCAGAUACAAAUGAGGAUAACAGUGUUAUAUCGAAUAAAAUCCCUAGCAAUAACAUCAACAAUUCACUGGAUUCACCGUUCACAUUCAAGGCUACACUUUCACCCACUAUGACACAUCGUUUAGCUAUUCUAGCGCGUAACUGUCAAAAUAACACUAUCACAAAUCACAACACUAAUAAUAAUAACAACAGUGGUAGUGAUUCAACCUACUGUUUUUACAACAAUCGAUACUCGCAUAACUCGACGUCAUCUUCACCGAUCGCCUCUCACCGGGGAACAACUGUGGCAGCUAUAAAACAGAGAUUAUUAAAUCAAGGCUUACGGAUUAAUUUAAACAUUCCAGUGAAGAAAUCCACAAGUACACGUUUUCGUGAUUAUAUCCGACGUCAGAAAAGAGGUUGUCCGCAUACAAUAGAAUCAUUGUGGUUGAAUAAAAACUUUAUGAAUAAUAUAUUUUAUUAUUUAUCAGGUAGUGAGCUGAUUCAAUGUUCAACUGUCUGUCGUAUAUGGUAUGAAUUUAUGUGUUUCAAUGGUUUCCAGAAUAAACUGUCCUUUGUUUUAAAUAUGAAAAAGUUGCUUGAUGAAAUUGAAAGCAGUAAGCAUACUGAUCCAAAGCUAAAUGUAUGUAGAAACUCUACAGAAACCUCGAUGUAUUCAACAUCUAAUGAUUGUACUUCUUCUAUAGCAGAAGAAGUUGUCCAGAAGUAUUUAGAACAGCUGAUUGCAGUUCGUCUUAUGUCUGCUGUAAACAGACGACUAGAGUGUAUUAAAAUUGUACAGUUAGUUGAAAGACUUAGUUCUACCCUGUGUAAUAUAUUAGAGGUUUUAUUCAAUCGAAACUAUGCUAUAGCGGUUUCAUCGAACUCAUCCUCACCAAUUGUUCCGUUGUAUUUAUCUCAAUCAAACAUAACACUUCUAAUGAAAACAUCAACAGGUGAUGGUGAUAAAAAAUUCGUAGAAGACAACGCUAACUGUUCACCAUGGACUACUCGUGUUACCGAUGAAAAUAACAAUUCUGUGGGAAAGCCAACACGAACUGAUUGUAUCACUUCAUUUCUUAAUUCAUUUGACAAUCAUAAUAAUGUUAGGCAUCAACAGAAUGGUUUCGUCCAAGGGAACAGUUUGUCAAUAUCGAAUUAUUCUAAUCAGAAUGACUCAGCAGUGUUUGUUAAUAAUUCGCUUACAACGUUCUCAAUCAAUCCACCAGGUUUAUACAAGAAAAUGACUGAUUCAAAAAUCUCGAUCAAUUCACAUCAAUCGAACUCAGAAAAUUGUAAUACUGAAUCCUUUUCAUACACGCAUAGAUUUACUCAUUUAAUGUUGAAAUCCUGUUCUAUAUUUGACCAGUCAUUAUCACGUUUAGUCAGUUUAUUCCCUUCACUAAAAACCCUGGAAUUCGAAUGUUGCAAUGACUUUACAGAGCUGGCUUUUUGGUCUUGCCUGACGCCAAGCAUUGAAAACUUGACUGUAUUCGAUUGUAUCAAUGUGUCAGAUGAAAGUAUGAAUGCUAUUGGACAGCUAUUGCCUGAGUUGAAAUGCUUUCGAUUUCAAGCCUAUCAUAUCACUGAUGCAGCACUGACCUACUUCAGUACAAAACAACGCGUAAGCAUGCAAAUUAUGGAGUUGGUUCAGUGUAUGGAUAUAACAAAUCAGGGGGUUAUGACUCUGGCUUACACACUGGACAAUUUACAAGUGUUGAAUUUAAGUGGAUGCAGUAAGCUAACCGAUGAUGGUUUAGAUGUGAUUUGUGAAAAUUUGAAACGACUAACCUCAUUGAAUUUAUCCUGGUGUUCAAAGAUCACUGACAGUGGGAUAGAAUGUGUGGCAUGUGAUUUGAUUCUGUUGAAAAAGUUGAUACUGGAUAGAUGUACAGAACUGACUGAUCUUGGAAUAAGCCAUCUGGCGACAAUGCCUAAUCUUCAACAUCUCAGUGUAAGAUGGUGCAUAAAUAUAUCUGAUGGCAGUAUACCCCACUUACUUAGUACAACAGGAUUGAAAUAUUUAUGUUUAAGCGGUUGUAAGCGAAUCAGUGAAGAUGGGCUAUGCACACUGGCUCGACAUCCACGCUUAAAUUAUCUUGAAUUGGCUCAUUUGCCAGCAGCUACACAUCCGGUGAGAGCAUAUCUAAACAAACACCUACCCGGUUGUAGAUUAUUAUGCUAAUACACAAACAUUUUGUAUAUAUACACACACACUCACAAAUAACGAAUAUUAUAUAUAUAUAUAUGCACAUACAAUAACAGUCUUUAUCACCACUAACCAAAAAAUCAGACAACUUUCUUCUUCUCCCAUUCAUAUGCACAGAUCUAACUUUUGAGGAGAAAAAGAUACGCGUAUGAGAUAAAAUCUAUCUAUCUUAUCCUUCAUAUAUAUAUAUAUAUAUAUAU